AUGGGAUCCCACCUUUUGGUGCAGCCUUCCAUGUGGGAUUUUGCCAAAGUCUAUGUAGAUCGUAUCAACUGUACUACCCUCAUCAACACAGAGAAAACAAAAAAGGCAAAAAGGCAGCCAUCCCCCGGGCCUGUGUCAAGUGUGACGUCCACUCUCAGAAGAUCUCAGUCUCCCGCAAACAUGUCCAAGAGGUCAUCGUCACCUGCUGUGAAGGCCAACUCAAAGAUUCGAACGCGCUCUCCCAGCUCCAGCAAAGAGCUUCCGCCAUCUCCCACUUCCAGCAGCAAGUCUUCGCCCAUGAAAAGACGACCGUCUUCUCAUAACACUGCAGAAAGUAAAAAAAAGACCAAAGACAAGGGAGAGCUGGUGCGGCAGAAGUCGGAGGACACUACAGGGAACAACGCUAAAUCCCCAGAGCUGGCAGAAAGCGAGACUCCAGUGACUACACCAGUCAAGGAGCAUGACCGGAAGAAAGCAGCUCUAGCUGAAGACGCGUCCUCUACAAAGACCACCGCGGGGACGACGAACCCGGAGGCAGCGGCGAAGCUGCUAGCAGAAAGGCGGAGGUACAUCCGGCUGCAGAAGGAGCUGGAGGAGAAGGAGCGGCUGGAGCAAGAGGAAGCAGAAAGGAAACGUCAGGAAGAGCUGCAGAGAAGGGAAGCUGAAGAGAAAGCUCACCGUGAGGAAGAGGCACGAAAACUCGAGGAACAGCGAAGACAGCAGGAGCUGGAGCGCCAGAGGAAGGCAGAAGAGGAAAGAAUCCUCCAGGAACAACAGGAGAGAGAACUUCUGGCCAGACUGGAGCAGCAGCGAGAAGAAGCUGAAACCAAGGCUCGAGAGGCAGCAGAGAGACAGCGAUUAGAACGGGAAAAGAUCAUCCACCAGAUCGAGCUGGAGCGAAUGGAGCGAAAGAAGAGAAUAGAAGAGAUCAUGAAAAGAACCAGGCGACGUGAUACUGGAGACUCCAAGAAAGAUGAAAUCAAAGCAGAAAUCCAUCCUGCCGGGAACGAGGAGAAACAGCUUCAAACCCCAGUCUCUGUGGAAAAAGGUUUGGAUGGAAAGCAGCAGGAGGAGGUACCCUGUGCUCAGGCUGAGGCUGAGAUUGUGCCAGGGCUGGAGGUGGUCACUGGGAACGAGCAAACGGACAAUGUGGAUGAGCAACCAAACAGUGCAGACGAGUCGACAGACGAACCACAGUCCAUGGAUGUGAGCCCCAUGUCAAAAGACGACGGCAUCUCCAUUCCUGAGUUCUCGCCGCUCAAUGAGGUGAGCCACGUUGUUGAGCUGGAGGAGGAGCAGCAGAAUGGACCAGCUGAUGCUCAGGCUGUCGAGGACCUCAUUGACCUGACCGUCCAGUCAACCUACACCCAGCUAUCCUGUGACAAGAUGACCUUGGAUGACUGCAACAAGAACUUGAUCGAAGAGCGAUGCCUUUCAACGGAGAAUCCUCUUAUCACAUCCCUGACUACAUCUGUGGACGAAACCCAUAUACAACCAUCUGCAGAGUUCUGAACACAUAGAUGCAGGGGCGCAAAAGACUUGGCUUCAAUCCGUCCAGCAGUACUAUGAUUUUGAAGACUGCGCUACUUUAAGAAGAUUCAUGUAGCCUUCAUAGAUAUCGUGGUAUAACUAACAGUGAUCCUUCAAGCAGCAGUUCAAAUCAUCCAUUUAAAUGCAAGUCUGUCUUUUUUACACAUGUAAUUCUGCAAAUCUUCUCCCUGGCCAGAGCGGUCAGCAAGAGCAACAAACCGAAGUAUCAUUCAUCCUGCAAUUAAAUAACCACUAUAGAAGCUCACUCACAUUUACUGUGUUAAUAAUUUAUAGUAAUCCCUCCAUCAUGGUGAACUAUUAUCCACACUGUUAAGAUCAAUGUGAAUCUCGACGAUAUUUACUUCGCUUCUGCUGGCUUCUCAAAUUUUCUCUUCUAAAAAGAAAAGGAAGUUGAUAUUGAAACUGAGUGAGUGAAUUUCCCUGGAGAGGUACUGGUUUAAUUGCACUAUGUAUGAAUCUUGCAGUGAUGCACAGUAUGGAUUAGGGGACAUUGUAAUGUGUUUUAGAAAACUCAGGUAUUCUUUCAUGGUUACUGAAUGUUCAUUUUGAAGCAGAUGUUAAAAAUGUUUUAUUAUGAUUCUCAAAGCAUUUAUUGCAUCAUAUUUAAUUAUUGUUUUUAUAAAUUAAUUGUUUUCAUAUCUGAAAACCGGAACCUCCUGAUUUUUAUGGUAAAAUGGAAUUGUGAAAUUCUUGCCAUCUUUAAUUGCCAGAAUAGUAUUGAGUGCAGUGUUAUAUUUGGUUUAUUGCUAUCAACAGACUUUUGAGAUCAAACAUCCUUAAAAUAUGACAAUAUCGUGCCUCUAAAGAAAGUACCACAUUAACCAAAAGCACCUUUUGCUGCAAUUUAUCACGUGGAAAUGUUUUAUUUUGUAAAGGUUAGCCAUCAGUUGUGAGGAAUCAGACUUUGCAAGCCUGCAUUUAAAGAUUGGCUACACACCCUGACCCUAUGUACUGAAGGGAUAUAUAUCGUCAAUGUGCGUGGAGAUUUCUCUCAAAGUGUAACAUGCCUUGCAGUUUUUGUGUCAUUACUUAAAAUACCAAGUUUCCCUUGCAUCUCAAAACCAGCUCCAGGUUUAAUCUGCAGACGGGAGGAAUAAAUGCUACUGUACUGAUGGAAAAUAUUGACAUUAGUGGAAAUAAUUUCACAAAGGCUUGCAAUCUUUACAUAAUUUUCAGUUGCAUCUCACCACUGCAACGAGCUUUGCAAAAUGGCAAAUACAGUCAAAUAUAAAACAAUGCAAAAGGAUGUCUUUGCAAGAGCUCUCAUUUCCUUAAGCAUUGUGCUUUGAAAGUAACUUACAUGAUUACUGGUAAAGACAACAGUUGGGACACUUUGCACUGUCUGUGGUUCAAGCAGCUUGUACCAACCCAAAGGGAAUGACAGUCGAGUUAAAAUACACCCGGCAUCAAUUGGACUGUAUAAUAAAUGAUGCAGGUUUGUUAAUCCAGUAAUGUAUUCUUGAAUGGUAAUCAAUCCUCAUGGAUGUAAAUUAAGUUACCAACACCCCAAAGUGUCCAGAAAUUAAUCUCCUUGGCAUGACUGUGAGCAAACGUCAAAUUAUGGGGAUGUGUCAAAUCUUGUGGCUCCUCCUUCGUUCUUUUUGGAACCAUCCGUGACAGAAACGUUAGAAAUGUGGAAUAGACGGUUUGACUCAAGCAGCUUGAAGCAACAGGGCUACCAGAGUCGACAACGCGAGGUCCAAAACCUUCAGUCAAAGCAGUUCGACAACCCCAGGAAAGUACCUCACCUCCCUCACAUUGGUUUCCACUGGAGAGGUUAUACUUGUGUGUUGAAAUCACAGCGACUGGCAGUCUCACUAUUUGGUUGUGGGUAAGCUCCCAGGUCCUCUCCGUUCUUUCCUUGCAUUCUCUCUGUGUCUGCGUGGGUUUCCUCUGGGUGCUCCGGUUUCCUCCCACAGUCCAAAGAUGUGCAGGUUAGGGUGGAUUGGCCAUGCUAAA